AUAAGCUAAAGCAUAGUGCUAGUCACACUCUUCUACAAUCUACAAUCAAUCUAAAUACAAAUAAAUCGCGGAGAAAUGAAUUUUACUUCAAAAACGAUAAAAAUGGAUCUGACUUAAUAGCUUUCGACAAUUUUGUUAAAGUUCCUUCUCAACGGUGCAAAAUUGAAGUGAGUCAUAAAUCAAGCAGCUUACGAAAUCUUAUCUCUCGAUCAAAGUCUAAGAAACGUCCUCCUACUGAAGACCAGGGCAAAUCAAGUAAAAAAGCACGCAUGACUGAUUUACAAGAAUUUCAGUUUAAGGAGUCACAUCUCUUCCAACUGAAGGACAUGGGCCUUUCCACGGAUGAAAGUAAGAAGGCUUUGUAUAAUACACAAAAUCAGGAAAUUGAUGAAGCUCUGAAAUGGAUUGUAAAGCAUUUUACUGAUAAAGACUUUGAUCAGCCACUUCAUUUGUCUGAGCAUGAAAAAGAUGAUACUGAUGUUGCAGAAGCGCUUGAAGCUAUUGUAAUGAUGGGCUUUAGUGAUAAGCAAGCUCGUCAGGGUAUUAGGGGAAACAAUUUAGAAAAAGCUGUGGAUUUGAUAUUGGAGGAAAUGGAUACUGACAUUGGCUCAGAUCCUCGGAACUUCUCAAAAUCAAAAACGAAAAAGGAUGAAAAACCUUCCAGAAUCCUGACUCGUAAAAUUCCAAAAAUAAAUCGCUUAAAACUUUUUUCAACUUUCACCAAGUAAAAAAUAAUUAGCUAAA